GACGGCGCGCUGAGGCGGUGGAGACAUGUCACUUUCUUUGCGUGCGCGCGCGCUCGGGCACGCAGCGGGAUUAUCAUUACGCACGUUAUGCGGAGCGCUGUUUGGUUGAUGCGUUUAGUGGAGAGGUUUAGCGGGGAGCUGUGAGCGUCAAACCGGAUAGUCAGCGACAGAAUCAGCACAAUAACCGGAGAGGGCAAGAUGCGGGGGGAUAUUGACUCGUUUGCAGUCGGAGAAGAUGCGCACCACUGAACAAAGGAUUUAGUUUUUAGCCUUUUUUAUGUAAGGAAACGGAAUCUCCCUUGUAUUUCAACCCUGACACCAUCAACCGUUAGGAUCAAUGUCCGUUUGGCUCUGACGGGCUGAAUCUCCGCUGCUUUGGUGUCCAUGUGGAGCGACAGGAGCGUCAAACGCAGCAGGCUGAGCUCAGUCCGAAAUGUGACAUUUUUUAACUAAUACUCAGCACCCCCAUUUAAGCUUGCGACUGUGAACCCCCCAAUACCAGAUCACAUCUGUUUACAAAGAUCAAGAUAUGGCGUUCCCACCUGUGCUCCUCCUGCUGCUGGCUGUUGCUCAUCAUGCCUGUGGCCAGAAUCCGAUUGACUCCGAGGCUCUGCCGAGAGGCUGUGGCUGGGGCCUUGUGCGGCCCUACACUCUCCUCUGUGACCUGGAAUCCAUUUGGGGCGUAGCCGUUGAAUCUGUGGCUGCCGGUGGGACGCUGGCAGCCAUUCUACUUGCACUGGUCCUGCUGUGUCGUCUGCGCCACAUAAGCCAAGCGGAGAAGCGCAGUGGUGUCGGACCCAUCCUCCUUCUGCUCUUGGGCAUCCUUGGCUUGUUUGGCCUCAGUUUUGCUUACCUAAUCGAGCAAGAUGAGUCUCUUUGUCUGAUUCGCAGGGCUUUAUGGGGUCUUCUUUUUGCUGUCUGCUUCUCCUGCCUGUUGGUUCAGGGGAUUCGGCUGCGCAGGCUGGGUCGAGAGCGCCGAAGCCCCGGCGGAUGUGCUUUAACAGGCUUGGCAUUAGGUUUGAGUGCUGUGCAGGGUAUCAUUGCUGCUGAGUGGCUACUACUGACAGUGCUGAGAGAAGGGACAGCUGCCUGUCAGUACCAGCCUUUGGACUUCUCGUUAGCCUGCAGUUACGUUCUAGCCCUGCUUCUUGCUGCCUUUACUGCAGCCUCCUUGGCCCUGUGUGGGAAAACCCGUCAGUGGCGCUGCAAUGCUGUUUGGCUGCUGGUGACCUGCCUGCUGUCUUUGCUGCUGUGGGUGGCCUGGGUGGGCUUCUACUUGUAUGGUAACGAAUGGCUGGGCAAGUCCCCAGAGUGGAACGAUCCAGCACUUGCAAUUGCCUUGGUGGCCCAGGGCUGGCUCCUGCUAAUCUUCCAUGCCAUUCCUGAAUCCCACAUCUGUUUAAGACCCCCACCACAACCAACUGCUCCAGAUUACUUUGACACAUCCCAGAACUCAACACGGAUGAGGGAGACAAGCUUUGAUGAAGAUAUCCCUCUGUCUCACCGGCAGUUUGUGGAGAACCAGGGCUACGGAUACAACGAUGAGAACACAGCAGGCUUAAGGAGCGCAGGCAGCACCACCCAACACAACAGUAACACCGGCGCCAGGCCCAGUGCUCCCUUCCGCAGCAAUGUCUACCAGCCUACAGAGAUGACCAUGAUCCUGAACGGGGGAGCGGUGAGUACUUCUUCCCAGUCACAGGUGCCAUCCGCUCCUCCCACCUACACGGGGCGGCAGCUGUGGUGAGCGACAAGAUGAGGAUAUUUUAAGGAAAAUGGAGGAAGAGGAUGGAGUAGGGAGGAAGGGCUCCAGGAUAGCAGAAGGGGGGAGUAGGCAUCUUUAAGGACUGGACUUUUGGCUCGUAUGCCUACGGGGCUCUUUUCUGUACAGACUUUAUCACUGAGUGUGUGCCAAACAAUUAUAGAAUGAAUGUGAGUGAUACUAAGAGAGGGCAGCAUGUGGAGGGCAGAGCUAAAACCUUUCUAGAACAUAAGUACUUAUGGAAGACUUGCAAAAAUGUGGAGAGUCCAGUAUGCCAGUGG